AUGGAGGAGAAAAUUGUAAUCACCGUGUGUGCUCGGCAGGAGCUGUAUGACACAACAUUACACAUAUAUCAUGACCGCCUUCGAAAUGACAAAGCCUGGCAGGAGAUCGGGAAGGAACUUGGAAUCCCUGAGGAAACCUAUCGGCAAAAGUGGAAGGGGCUCAGGGAUACUUAUUUGAAGGAGAGGAGGAAGGAAAGUGAGAGGAAGAGUUGGUCUGCAGCGGGCACGGGGAAAAAGUGGAAGUACUCUGCGAUCCUGUCAUUCCUCGACCCCUUUGUGAACCCGAGGGAGGCCUCAGGUAACAUGGGGCGAGGGGUCGAGGAUGACAGGACCGCAGAGUACUCUCCAGCAGGUGCAACGACGGAGGGGACAGAGGAGGCAGCAGGACCCUCACAUUCAGUCCCAGAACAACAUUGUGAUGAUGAUGAUGAGGAGGAGGAGGAGGAGGUUGUUGAGGUGGAGGAGGCAGCCACCCCAACUGCACUUGAGCAGCAGCCACCCAUUGGUAGGAAGAGGACAAGGAAGACAUCCAAGGGGCGGGAGGCUGAGAUGGAGGACCUGCUCAUUGAAGCCCUGCGAAAGCAGCAGCAGCAAGUCCCCCAGCCUCCCGGCUCACCUGUGUUGGAGGACGAAAUAUAGCGGUCCUGCUGCUAGGUUGUUGUCCUCCUACAGCCCCCUCCAUGUCUCCUGGUGUACUGGCCUGUCUCUUGGUAUCUCCUCCAUGCCCUUGACACUGUGCUGGGAGACACAGCUAACCUUCUUGCCACAGCGCGCAUUGAUGUGCAACCCUGGAUGAGCUGCACUACUUGAGCAACUUCUGUGGGUUGCAGACACCGCCACACGCUACCUCUAGUGGUGAGGACACUGGUAAAAUGCAAAAGUGACCAAAAAUCAGGCAGAAAGGAUGAGGACAGGGAAAUGGUCUGUGGCCUCCACCUGCAGAACCAU